UAAAGACUGCCUAUUUCCAUCUGCAGUAGCCGAGAUUCACCGCGGCUCUGCCGCUUUCCAGCAGGGCGGUCCUUCGCCUCGGGAGCUGUCCAGCACCUUUCAUCAGCUCUAACGCUCUCUCUCUCUCUGCCCGCCGCAGGAUCUCCCCUCCUCGUCUGCCUUGGGUGCCUGUUUGCCAGGUUAGCUGCGGAUCUCCUAGCUGUGUCACCUGUGUUAUUAUAAUUGUACUAUACUCUCUCCCACUGUCCGUUCAGUGUGGCUGGAGCCCGGACGUGUGUGGUUUACCUCUCCCCAGUGUGUGUGAGUGCUCCCCGCCUCCUGCCAUCUGCCUCGGAGUGGCCUUUGCGCCCAGACGUUCUACUGUCAGUUUACUUCAUUAUAAUUUAAAUAAACUUUCUGUUAUCCGCACUGGGAUCUUCUGUGUGUUUCUCUGCCUGACAGAAUGAACUUGCCAAAAAUGGAUCCCGCAAAGGUUGAUUCUGACUCGGGGUGGUGUAGUUCACUCUUUGCUCAGACUCAGGCUGGCGAGGGCCCUUUUCCAUCUCAAGGAGGGCUUUCCCUUAAGGAUUAUGCCAGAUUUGAUUUCAAGAACUUCACUGAGGAUCUCUUAGCAUUGAUGAGGUGUCCACAAAUGUCCAAUAUCACCCAAAAAGAACUAAACAGAGCAAGACUGCGCGCCUGUUGUAAUGCAACAGGUAUUUUAUACUACAAUAAGCAGAACACAGCUGCCAAUCAGAAUAUUACAUAUGAGACGAGCUCAAAGCAAAGCUAUCAAAUAAAUAAGGAUUUUUACAACAUGCUUCCUGAGGAUUUUCCCUGGAGUGGACGUACUCUCAGUAACUGUGCUGUGGUUGGGAGCGGAGGGAUUCUGAAGAACAGUAGCUGUGGAAGAGAGAUCGACACUGCAGACUUUGUUAUCAGGUUUAACAUGGCUCCCGUUAAUGACAGUGAUGUUGGGCUGAAGACUGAUUUAGUUACCAUUAAUCCCACUCAGCUCAUAGGCUACAAAAAUUUGAAGUCUAACCCAGGUCCAUUAGUGGAGCGUGUGAGUGUGUAUGGUAACUCCAUACUGAUCAUUUCAGCGUUUACAUAUGCAGCCUACACUCGGCUAUCCGUCAAUACCUUCAAAGUGCUCCAUCCAAUCAGACCCCAACAACAGAUGGUCUUCUUUUCCUCCAGUUACAUGAAGAACCUGGGUGAUUUCUGGAAGAGGCAGGGCCUGAAACCCGUACGCCUCUCCAGCGGGUUCAUGUUAAUUAAUGUAGCACUAGAGCUGUGUGAUCACGUGCACGUUUAUGGAUUCUGGCCAUUUGACACCAAUCUGGAGCAGCAGGAAAUUCCACAUCACUAUUUUGACAAUGUAGGACCCAAACGUGGUGUUCACGCAAUGCCAAAAGAGUUUCUCAACUUACUGAAGCUUCACAGCCAGGGGGCGCUAACACUGCACCUACAGCCCUGCUUAUAACAGAGGUUCUCCUGUUGCUGAUUUCUGUUACUGUAUUAUUUAAUGGUUGAUUGGUGAGGGGGGUGGCUGUGAAUGUUUUUGACUUUUGGUCUGCUCUUUGGCAGAGGUGGGUAGUAACGAAUUACAUUUACUUCGUUACAUGUACUUGAGUACAUUUUUUGGGUAACUAGUACUUUUAGAGUAAAUUUAAGGAUGGGUACUUUUUAAUCUUACUCAAGUACAUUUCUAGUGAAAAAACUGUACUUUUACUUCGCUACAUUCGGGGGCUUUACUGCGCUACUUUCAAAUGGUAAUAAUUAAUGAAUAUAUAUAUUUUAUUAAAGUUUAUAGGGUGUGUUCGAAAGUUUCGCGAGACAUGCUGCGUCACCCUUUAGCGCGUGUGACCGCGCGUAGAUUAUAGGAGAAGCAGAUGAGGGCGCGUGUGCGUUGUGCGAGAUAUCGGAGGCAGAUCAUGCAUGGCGGCUUCAAGUUCGGUCUAUGUUUUCACUCAAAGAGGUCAAAAAGAAUAGUUUCAUAAUGCGAUGCAUGCUUUGUUCAAUGAACGAGCUGACAUCUCAGCGUACAAGAAUUCAAGAUCCAACCUGAAGUAAGUGUCAGUAAUGUCUAUUUGAACACUAUUAAUGGUCAUUUCACACACUGUCUGAGUCUUUUUUGCCAUAUGAACUCUUGUGCAAGCGAUGACAAAACCUAGUGUAAGUUAAAUCAUACAAACAGCACGUUCAUCUGCACAUUUCCGUAUAAUUUCCCCACAACUAAACAAACUGAACAGCAAAAUGUAAGGACGUCUUGCAUUUGUACACAAAUCCAGACACCUCACUAAUGUGUAGAAAAUACAUUCAAAUAAAAACGGGAUUGUAUUUUAUUUAAAUCCUUCCUAAAGAAUAAAUGAAUAAAAAUAAAAGAAUAAAGUUUGAUUUUAAAGAAACAUGUAUUAUAUAUUAUAAUAAAUGUAGAGUUGAUUUGCUCCUGUUUAUGUUCAGUAAUUGCACUUUAAUGGAAAUGAAAAUAACCUAUUCAUAUAAAAACAUGAUAACAAACAGACACACACAUUCUUUUUUGUUUACCGUUUGCAUGUUUAAAGGCAGAUGCUGACAAGUUUGUGUUGUGAACAUGAAAAUAAAUACAGAGUUAACCAUCAGAAAAACAUCUGUGUGUGUGUUUGAGAUUUUUUCUCAAAUGACACGUUAUGUGAUGUUAAUGUACCCAUUGCAGGACUGAGAUAGGCUGCUUUACUUCUAUAUAAGCAGAACAAUGAGACUUUUAAGGAGAGGUUUGUGAAAACCCUCCAAGUAGUCUGAAAUUCAGUGCUUUUGCGCUACUUCUUUAUCAGAUCGGAAGUAACGAGUAACUAACUACUUGAUUAGUUUUUUCAUCUAAUACUUUUUUACUCUUACUCAAGUUAACAAUUAUAUUGAUACUUUUACUUGAGUACAUUUUUGUAUAAGUACUUGUACUUUUACUUGAGUACAGAUUUUGGGUACUCUACCCACCUCUGCUCUGUGUAUAAAACUAUUUAAAUAUUUUCUAUUUUCUAUCUUGGACAAUUAACUCCUAUAUAUUUAAGAAAAUACAUUUGGGUUAUCUUCUUUUGCAGAGUUUAUACUUCACCCUGGGUUAAUAAUGAUUGCUGGGUGUGUUUAGAGUUUAUUGUUUCAUGCUGUACAUGAACAUACUUAUUUGCUUAUUUAUGAGAUCGCAAACACUGAAUGGGUGAUUUCUAUUUGCAUAACUAUUAAGUUAACCCAUAUAGGACACAAUAUGUAUAAUAAUUGCUAAACAAUACAGUAUAUAGAAAUGUAAUUACGUGAAAACUUGACAGUUUUGAUAUGAUUAUACAACAAAUGCAACUAAAUUUGAUGCAAUCUGACUUUACAAACCAUUGCUAUGAUGAUGAGGUAAGUGCCCCUGCCUCAUCCUCUCUGAAGCAGGAGAAAUAUGCAAACAUUUCAAGUCAAACGUGAUUUAAUAUAUAUAUUUUUUUAAAUGUUAAAGGUUACUUUAAUUUGUACGAUUGUCAUGAAAUAGUCUAUAUCGGCCAUUCCCAAACUGUGGUCCGCGGACCACUAG